AACAACGUGUUCUGGAAUCUCGAGCAGCAGCCGGAGAAGAGUCCACGGUUUGCGAAUUGUAAAGUCAUCUGCCUCACUUUCCAAAUGGGGCUGUCUCCCCGGAAUAAAUCUCUCUAGCGUGCACUGCUUAUCCCAGAACACACUCUUUUUUUUGUAAGCAGAAGACACUCUUUAGAUCUUAGACGACGAAGAUUAUAUUUAUUGCCGACAUUAAUUAAUUUCUGGUUCGCUCCCUGUUCAUCCUUUUGAUCUCUUUGUCGUGGCCGUAAUUACCUUUUUCUUUUUCUGUUUCAGCUUGUUCUAUCUCUUCAUCUCUGUGAUACUGAUAACACACCCUACAAGCUAGCCUGUCACCACUGCAUUUUUCUUCAAAUAGCUAGUUUUAUGUAAGUUUGGUCCAGCCGAUUUUGUAUUGCUAUGUUUUAAUAUGAGACCCGGGGAGUGGGGAGCUUCUUUAUCCGUCUACUUUCUGUUUUGAGGCUUUUGAAAAUUGUGAUCAACUAGUUCCAAUUUUGGAAAGCAAUACUUUUCAUAAAGUGAUGAUUCUGGUUUUUCAAUUUUCUGUAUACCUGCUGUUGUCUGUAUCAGUAAUUGGGCGUAUUAUUACUUCAUAUUACUAGUUAAUAUGAAGCGCUCUAUUAAUUAACAAGUUUUCCAGUUAAUAUUAUUUUUGACCUUCAGCUAUUCUCUUAUUCAACUGAGGAAAGAAGCUUCCGAGGAAGGGAACAUCAAGUUCGUCGUAGCUAACAAGUAUCCCUCUUUUAAAAAGCCUACCAUACAACUCCCCCUCCCCACUCAGACCCCUGAGCAAUCAUCUCUCUCCUCUCUCUAAAAACAAUGAAGAAUCAACAACAACAGCAACGGCCACCAACCUCCAUAGCCAAGCUCUUCAAUGCCCAGUUAAAUUUGAUUACACUUCUCAAUCUUUUCAUUUUCUUUACUCUGGGUUUGGCUCUUGGAGUCAUAGUUAAUUCUUAUCUCAAGAACUUCUCGUUCAAUUUUCAAAUCACCCACUUCUCUAUAUCUUCUUCAUCCUCACCACCAUUAGCACCUCCGCCACCUCCGCUGCUUCCACCACCACAGCCAUCAUUGUCUGUGUCAUCUUCUGUUCACCAACAAGAGAGCAACAAAACUGAUCGCAUUGGAUUGAAAGAAUAUCUGAAGCCCCCUACGGUCAUGCACGACAUGAACGAUGAUGAGUUGCUCUGGAGGGCAUCAAUGGUGCCUCGGAUACAUGAAUUCCCUUACAAGCGCGUUCCAAAGGUAGCCUUCAUGUUCUUAACGAGGGGACGAUUGGCGUUGGCUCCUCUCUGGGAGAAAUUUUUCAAAGGGCAUGAAGGACUCUACUCAAUUUACGUUCAUUCCAGUCCAUCCUUCAACGAUACUGAACCUGAGAGUCCUGUGUUCCAAGGCCGGAGGAUCCCCAGUAAGGACGUGCAAUGGGGAAAGUUCAGUAUGAUAGAAGCUGAGCGACGCCUAUUAGCCAAUGCCCUACUUGACUUCUCCAACCAAAGAUUUGUGCUUCUAUCAGAUGCAUGCAUUCCCCUCUUCAACUUCUCCACAGUCUACAAUUACCUCAUUGGUUCUACCAAAUCCUUUGUAGAGGCUUACGAUGAGCCAGGCCCAGUCGGCCGUGGCCGAUACAGCCCCCGCAUGAAGCCAGAUAUCAAGCUUAGUCAAUGGCGAAAGGGUUCUCAGUGGUUUGAAAUGGACCGGGACCUGGCCAUCGAGAUAGCCUCCGACCGGAAAUAUUUCUCUCUAUUUGGGAGAUACUGCAAGCCUUCGUGUUACUCAGAUGAGCACUACAUACCAACAUUAGUGAGCUUGAAGUUCUGGGAGAAGAACUCGAACCGAAGCUUGACUUGGGUCGACUGGUCAAGAGGAGGACCACACCCUACCAGAUUUAUGAGAACAGAUGUGACUGUAGAGCUUUUAGAGAGGAUGAGGAGUGGAAGAACUUGCGAGUACAAUGGCAAAACUACCAAUGUUUGCUCUCUGUUUGCGAGAAAGUUCUAUCCUAAUACAUUGGAUAGGCUAUUGAGGUUUGCACCAAAAGUAAUGAAGUUCAACUGAUCAUAAUAGAGUCUAUAGACCAUACAUAGACACUGGUUCGACCUUAGUUAUUAAUUAGGGCAGAAGAAAAGCAAAUGCCCUCGAAUUUAUUAUUUAUUUUUCUCUUAAUUUUCAUUUCAUUUGUUAAGGGCUUCAAGUAAGUCCCUAGGGAUUCAAACCCUACUGAAUAACAGGGUUCUUCACAAUUUUGAGGGGUCCUGACGAUUAUGAUAUGUGGAUCAAUCCCACCAGUGAAUAUAAAAGGAAUGGCGACCAUACAAAUUGUUUCAUUUUUUCUGUAAUAAGAGUGCCUCUGGUCCUAAUUGUUAACCAGCUGUAUUGUAAUUUCUUGGAAUAUUAAUGAACGGAUUCUUCAUUUGUCAGUA